UGCGCUGUGCUACUGACACACAUACAGCGUGAGGGAUAUUCAGGGCUCGCCCGCCCGCCCGCCCGCCGGCAGACGAGGGGUUGGGGAGCCGCGGGGCCGCAGCCACUUGCUGGGUUCCCUCUCGCCGUGCCGUGGCUCUUGAACUGAACCUCCUCUCAGGGGGCGAGCCAGGUGGAGGGGAGAAGGGGAAGCAACAAGUCCGCCCGCUCCAUCUCCGGGAGGGCGCCCCUCUACCGCCCCAUCUCCUCCCCGUGCACCUGAAAUCUCGCUGACAAGUGGCAGGCGUUUGCAGGCGCCACACUUGGGAUACUUCGCAAAGGUUUUUCUCCAGGCGGGUCGGGGGUGUGAAACACUGCAAAACCCACCCUGCUGCUUUGGUUUUGUCCGGCUGGUUUUUUGAGGUCUCGCCUUCUCUCCCGCUGGAUGGUUGGUUUUUGAUCCUUCCCGGGGUGCCCUGGUGAGGUUGGCAAUGAAGGCUCUGCUGCGUGCUCUCUCCUCGCAUUAAACGCGUGUAACCCAUUUUUGGGCUUUUGCUUUAUUUUUUCAGCUGUUUUUUAUUUUUUUGCCUCUGUAAACUAGUUGCCCCCAGUAUCGGGAGGAAAAACUGCUGCAUCUACAGGGUGGAAAAGCAUGUUGGGGAAAAGCCAAAAAGCCAAAAGACAGGAUGGCAACGGGGAGCCGAGCUGCCUUGGGGGACAGCGCUGCUGUCCUAGCUGGACUCUGCCCUCCACUUCACUGCUGGCUGCUUUCCUGUCAGUGGUGGCUGUAGCCUCCUGUGUGUAUCUGGGGGUGAAGACCAGUGAUCUGCACGCGAGGGUCUCUGCCAUCGAGAGCGCCCAAGGGGAUUUCUCUGCUGCUGCUGCUUCUUACCAGCUGCUGCCCGGCUUCUCCUUGGAUCAGCUAAAUUCAAUGAUGCAAGAAAAAGUGGAGCGACUUCUAGCUCAGAAAUCCCACGAACAUUUGGCAAAAAUAAGAAUAGCAAGAGAAGCGCCUCCAGAGUGCAACUGCCCAGCAGGCCCUCCAGGGAAACGAGGUAAGAGGGGCAGAAGAGGAGAGACCGGACCUCCUGGUCAACCUGGUCCUCAAGGUCCUCCUGGUCCAAAAGGCGAGAAGGGAGAUCAAGGUGAUCAGGGCCCUCGGGGUCUGCCAGGCUUCCCCACAGUUGCUGCUCUGCACAGUAAUCAGAUCCUCACCGUCAAGGGUGAUCAAGGUCAAGCUGGACCCCCUGGUCCUCCAGGGCCACCAGGACCCAGAGGUCCUCCAGGAGACACUGGCAAAGAUGGCCCCCGAGGGAUGCCUGGAGUACCGGGAGAGCCAGGAAAACCAGGUGAACAAGGGUGGAUGGGGCCUCAGGGACCUCCAGGACAAAAGGGUUCUGUUGGAGUGCCUGGUGUUCCAGGAAUAGAUGGACAUAUGGGUGAACCAGGUUUGCCUGGUGCAGUUGGAGAACGCGGCGCACCAGGGCUUAAGGGUGACCCUGGAGAACAAGGAGAAAAGGGUGAUGCUGGAGAAAAUGGAUCCAAAGGUGACAUGGGUGAAAAGGGUGAUCCUGGAUCUUCUGCUGCAGGAAUUAAGGGAGAACCUGGAGAAUCUGGUCGGCCAGGACAAAAGGGUGAACCAGGUCUUCCUGGGCUUCCUGGACUCCCUGGGAUAAAGGGUGAACCAGGUUUCAUUGGCCCACAGGGAGAACCUGGAUUACCAGGGUUACCAGGAACAAAGGGUGAAAGAGGAGAAGCAGGGCCUCCUGGAAAGGGUGAGCGAGGUGAACCUGGAGUUCCUGGGCCAAAGGGGAAAUCAGGCGAAUCUGGAACUAGAGGCCCAAAGGGGUCAAAGGGUGAUCCUGGAGACGAAGGUGAUUCAGGAGCAAUAGGUCCUAGGGGUCCACCUGGACAAAAGGGAGACCAAGGUGCAACAGAGAUUAUUGACUACAAUGGCAAUAUCCAUGAAGCUCUGCAGAGGAUUACCACCCUAACUGUCACGGGUCCACCAGGGCCACCCGGACCUCAAGGAGCACAAGGCCCAAAGGGUGAACCAGGAUCCCAAGGAACUCCAGGAGCUGAAGGGGAGCAGGGUCCUAAAGGCUCAAAGGGGGACGUGGGUGAGUCUGGCAUGCCAGGAGAAAAGGGAGGAAUUGGACUCCCAGGUUUACCAGGAGCCAAUGGUAUGAAAGGAGAAAAAGGAGAUGUUGGUUUGCCUGGUCCUCAAGGUCCUUCUAUCAUAGGACCCCCAGGACCGCCAGGGCCACAUGGGUCGCCAGGCCCUAUGGGACCCCAUGGACUGCCUGGCCCAAAGGGAGCAUCUGGCUUAGACGGAAAGCCAGGACCCCGGGGUAUGGAUGGCCCAGUCGGUCCACAUGGCCCAGCAGGUCCUAAAGGAGAUAGAGGUGAAAAGGGAGCUGUUGGUGACCCUGGACCCAGAGGACCAUAUGGUUUGCCUGGCAAAGAUGGCGAGCCUGGCCUUGAUGGUUUCCCUGGUCCUCGAGGAGAAAAGGGUGAUCUAGGCGAAAAGGGAGAAAAGGGAUUCCGUGGAAUUAAGGGGGAAAAAGGGGAGCCAGGCCAGCCAGGCCUGGAUGGGCUGGAUGCCCCUUGCCAAUUGGGGCCGGAUGGAUUACCAAUGCCUGGCUGCUGGCAAAAGGGAGUCACCCCGUGGCUUAUUGCCAAAAAGAGAUAAAGCAGAGGAGAUUAGAAAAAGGUCUUGAAUUUUUGGGGAACACAGUUCCAACUGCAGGUGGACGGCUUCCAGUUGUGUGGGUCAUGUGACCCCUUCCCUUGGUCAAAAGGGGUCAUGCCUGUUGAUCAGCAUCGUUUUUUCUUGCACUGCUCACUGUCACGAAGACAUUCAAGAUAGAUGGGUUUAGAUGCCAAGUGCUGUCAACUGUUUAACCAAGAAGGAAAGAAGUUUGAAGGAGAAACAAGACUUCCUCUGUGGGCAGUUUGAAAAGGUUGCAAAGAUGCCAAGUGGAUCGUUUGACUGCAGGCCCCAUUUGAGAUUAGAAGCUUCUCAGUCUGAUUCAAGGACUGACACAAUAUGUGCCCCACAUAUUGUAUUUUUGGAUUGCUAAAGGAAAGCAUUCUUGGCAAUAGGGAGUCUUAGAACACUCUCUGUGGACUAAUGAAACUGAUGAGAUCUGUAUGUACUGUAGUGUGGGUUUUGGAUUAUCCAAUUUAAAUUACACAACUCUUGUAUUUUAUGGGGAAAAAAUGAAACAAAAUUAACCAUAGCUUUCAAAACUUGCAGAUUAAUUUCAGUAGCCUCUGUCAGGUUUGUUGUGACAAAUACUUAGGCUUGAAGGAAGUACUUCACAUCAUGUGUUCCUCUUCUUUCAAUAUUAUCUAUUUUUAGAGUCUUUGAAGCCUUUAAAUUGGAAAAAAGUUAUUUCAUUUUACUUUCACAAGGUGAUUUAUUCAUGUGGUUCUUUUUCUACAAUUGCAAUGAUUUUGCUGGACAUGGUUACCCAAAGAAUGUAGAAAAGGAGUGAACCCAAGUGAUUAUCAUGAUAUGGUAGUCACAAUACACUCUGUAAGGUGUAAUUAUUUUUCCAUUUCUGAUCAAAUGACUAGUACACAAGAGAAGCAGAGACUUUUGUUUCGUUGCAUUUUGAUUUCUGGAAAUAUUGAAUUGGUGCAUAUUUUGUAGUUUGAGCCUCCCUGAGAAUUUGUUUGUUUCAGUUACAGUUUUGAGUCUUCAUGUGGUGCAUUUGUGGUCAGAUUAAGAGAUUAAUUUGUAUGAAACAGUUUCUGUAUUUGGUAGAUGCAAAUUCUUUUUAGAUCUAUUCAAAUAAUUGUGCGUAUUGAGAUGAUCACAAAUUUUUAAUAUACAUUUCUGAGAGUUCAUUUUAUAGGCAGACCAAAACCAGAGUUGCAGAAAAAGAGUAUUUUUCCACCAGCGUGUAGGUACCCUGCCAUUCCUGGAAAUAUGCAUAAUUUGCUGCUCAGUGUGUUUGUAGAUCAUCUGGAAGUUGGGACCUAUCAGGAUUUCACUCUCAAGUAGAUAGUUACUACCACAUUAGAAUCUCAAGUCACUAGAUCCCACACUGUAGGCAUUUCUUUCAUUCUGGAUAAUAUUUUAUUGCCAUUUCAAUAUAUCAAAACCAUGCCAAGAAAAUAGCUUUUCAAGGAGAGUUAUUAAUUUUUUUUUUACUUCUAUAAAGAUGACUUCUUACAUAAGUCUCCAUCUUAGUUUCCUACAGAGAGCCUGCUUACGGGUGCAAUUGUAUUUUAAAAAGCCCAGUGUUGCUUUGCUAGAAAUGGAUGUUUUACUCUACCUAAACAGUGCUCACUACCACCACCACCAGCUUGAUCUUGCAGUGCUUGCACAGGCUUGUUAUGUACUGUUGUAAGUCUGAGUGUUACAGUAAUGACUUUAAUGGAAGUUUCACCCAUGAAGGGGAUUACGGGAUCAGGGCAAAACCAGCAUUCCACCCUGCCACCUCCUAGUUUUAUUCUGGUUUCUUGGGAAAUAAUUCAGGCUGUCCUCUGAACAGGAGAGAAUCCUGCUGUCCAUGUCCUAACAUAACACAUAAUGGCUAAGUGCAUUAUCAUCUUUCUCUGGCACACCAAUUUUUGGGAACCACCAGAAGCAAGUUAUUGGACUAGAUUGUCUAUUGUCCAGUGCAGUAUGGUAAUUCCUAUCUUCUAAUGAGAAAAUUUGCCCAGUUAGCUAAAUUACCUAUAUACAUUAAGAUAAAAGGUAAUAAUAGUAUGGAGUCAUUUGGUUUUAGUGAAAAAUCAGGAUACACCCAUGUUCUUCCAAACAUUCUAUGUUUGCAGACUAAAUGAGGAAGGUUACUAUAGUGUUAGCAUGCUGAAUAGGGUAGCAAAAACUUGGAAUUGCCCAUGAAAGCAAGUCAUUUUUAGGAGUUAGCACUGAGCUAAAGCACUAGUAUAUUUGUGCUGUCCCUUAUCACCCCAAUAUAUUUUUCAGUGCCUGAUUUGACAUCAACUUUCAAAAUCCUGUUUUGUGAACAAGAAGAGCAUGACCCUUAGUUCCUAUACUUCUGUUGAGGCUUACAGUCACUAGUGUGAAAUAUCACAGUACAAAUGGUUCUGUUGGUAGUACCUGAUGAGUUAAACACAGGGCAAAAUUCACCUCUGGUGUAAGUGUGCGAUAGUCACUAACACAAUGACCCACAGGAUACAUACUGUAUAUAUGUAAACUUAAAAACAAAAAUAAGUAACAUAAAUGCUUAUUUUUGCUCACGCCGAUAAGAAUGAUUCUGCUGUCUAUUAAUGGGUGUCUUGGGUUUUAGCUAAUGUCAGGAAAGGAUCAUUCCACUGAAAUGACAGGGUCUCAUUAGUAGACAUGCAGUGUGAUCAAUAUAACCGGUCUGAUUAGAACAGUAAUAUAUACAUAUUAAGUGGUAUUGAAAAGGUGCCUACAGCAUGCAAAGUAAGGGGGGAAUCUAGAAAAGGUUGAUACAUAGUACAGAUAAAGUAGCUCAAGUU